UGUCGCCAUGUGACCAAUGUGGUCCCCAUCGCUAACAACAACAACAACAACAACGCUACCAGUACCAACAACAACAUGAAACUGGUGAAAAGCUCUAAGAACAACAAUUUGAUACCAAAGAGCGGCAUGAACAAUUACCAAAUGACCAAAUCCAUCAGUUCAACGUUGACGAAGGAGAACACCAAGGCCUUGGCACGUCUGGACGAAAACAGACCCCUGAAGAACCUUCAAAGCACCAACUUAGCCAGGUCCUUGAAGAACCAACCGCUGCCUUUGACCCCGGCGAAGAAGAGGUCCUCGCUGGCUCGUCCGGUACGCGUUUACGACUCGUUCUCGCAGCCUAGGAAAUUGAUGUCCACCAACUACGCCUUCCAGAACCUGCAGAAAACCACCAGCGAGUCCACGUACGAGGAGGACGAGCACGAGGAGACUGGCUGGCCUAUCCGGCUGAGGCUGGAGCAGAUGCUCGAGCUUACUCUGCCGCAGACCAAAAGGAAGAGGAAGAAGAAGACGUCGAUGAUGCUGAUGAAGCAGCAACAGUCCAACAAACACGCGUGCAAAGACACGGAGAGGCUGUUGCGCGUCCUUAGCGUGAACAAUGUGGACCAAGAUAAUAGGUACAACGUCACACGGUGUUCCGUUAUGUAGAGACUCGUAUAGACCAGCUGGAGAGACUGGUGCUCGUUGGAGGUGGGUUAAGCAGCUGGCCUGAGAUGCUGAAGUGAGCGAAUGGAAGCUUCGAAUCGCUUUAAACAUUAUUCUAAGCAUUUGGAUAGCUUUUGCUGUUGACCAGCUAGAUUCUGGAGAGCCUUAACGAAGGAACCAACAGCCUUUCGAGUGGGCCCUACUUGGAAGUUGGGUCUCCGAAGGUCAACGAGGAAAUGAAUCCCCGUUAGUCGAAUUUUAUCAGGAACGAUGGUACAAUAGUGUCUGGGCAGAGUAUUAAUUGGGCAGCAUCGAUUUGGGUAUGGAUUUAUAGGUUAACUUAACCUAACCUAAUGGUAUCAAAUAUGGCGGGAUAUGGAGGAUCAAUGGAGUCUAUGGAGGUAGUCAUUUGGACAGUAAUGGUUUCAACAUGAAGUUGCAUUAAGGUUCCCUUAACAAAUGAUUAAGAUCUGAAUGAUUUUUCUAUAAAUACGAGAGGAUUGAAUGAUCGCAAUUUCCAAAAUUGGAAAUUCUUAAACGAACAACAAAAGAAAUAUCAAAAUCAUUCGAAAUCUUUUAUUUUUAUCGACCAAAACGAUGAGAACGAUAAUGCGCGCUAUUUCUACCUAUAAAUCCUGAAACCCACCCUUCGAGCACCGCUUUGAAGUCGAGUUCGAUCCUCGAUUUCGAAGGAUUUCCAUUUGGAAGCCGCACAAACGCGCGUUUCCCAUAAGAAAGUUCUUCGUUCAGUGUGACUCGAGUGUUAGUACUUUUCAAUCGCUUGUUGGGUUUGAUAAAAUCGUCCUCUCGGUGUCGAGAGAUCGGUGUUUAUAUGGUUUUUAAAAUAGAAGCAGUUUAAGGGAAUAAUCGAGAUCAAGAAUCAGCAUCGUCAUCCAAUGAUAUCCGAAAAUAUUGAAAGAUAUUUUAAUCUAUCCAGCAAAUAUCUCCUGAACCGUAUUAAUUUUUUGAAAAAUGAAUAGUUUAGAAAAUAAUUGCUUGGAUAAAUUAAUACAGUCAUUUAUUUGUGCAUUUAUUUGUUGUCGUUGUUUCUUUGCUAACUUAUUUGUUAAAUAUUUACAGAUUUUACUAUUAAUUAUUUAUUCGGAUAUCAUUCAGAAUCGAUGAGAAAAAAAAACAUAGAACCGAUAGAGGUACUCUUUCGUUAACUGAUCGUGAAAUAUUACGAAUUGUCAUCCCCCCAUUUUGCAGGGUACAUUAAAACUCCUUUUUCAUAAUUAUCAAAAUGAAAAACAGCGUUCUUGAAAAAUUUAUUUUCAUUCAGUAUUCUUUGAAGUAUGAAAGGUCGAAUUAAAAAUCGUAACUGGAGGAUAUAAAGGCUACAAUUGCAUAUUGCAUUCCGUCCCCGGAAGUUCAACUUAUGAAACUCGUGUGUACUUCAUUUAUUCUCUUAUCGCAUAAACACCAUCAAAUUUUAUCUUUCUUUUGUUUAAGCCAAGAAGGUUUGUUCACAGCGUUGCUGAAAAUUGUUGAUUACUGUUUCGUUGGAAAAUGAAAUAGGAAUGAAAAUGAUAAAAAUAUGUUAAAGAAUUAGAGGAAAUUGUACGAAUAAAUGUUAUCGACUGUUGGAAAUGAAAUUGUUGUAAGUGGUAACAAAUAUAUUUAUUGAAUACCGAAGGGUUCAAUAGACUAUUGAUAAAAUUAAGUCGAACGAAACAUACUUUUCCUACAAUCUCGUUUGUUGUUUCUUACAACAAUUCAACUUUUCCAGAAUGAUUCUAUUAAAUAACGCGAUAUUUUAUCUGAAUGUUGACCAAUCGUGAGAUUUGCAUUUACCUGGUAUGCAUUUACGAGUACUGGACAUCUUUGAAGGUAUGUAAUAUGAUUUCUUUUAAAUAAAACCACCCAAGACAAUGAAAGUACGAUUAAAAAAUCAAUUGAAUCACAUUUCUGUAAAAAUCAGUUGAUUUGUUCUCAGCAUGAAUUAAUUACAAAUUUCAUAAAAAUACACAAGUUCUAAAUUUUGUCGUUCAAACUUAUUGCAUGCCUUCAAAAAUGCUGUACACCUGCAUCCUGAGAAGUAUAUAAAUGUUGGAGAUCUUCAUUCCAGUGUCUUAAAAAGAGAAAUAACAAGUGAUGUACAAAAA